AAGCCUCGUAGGUCAUGAGCAUUAUUACAUUACAACAGAAAAUCCCUCACACUUUUGCCACCUUGGAACUUGUAUAAGAAGGGAUUGCCAGUGAUGCCCUGAUUGAAAAACCAAAAACCAAAGAACCAUGAUCAAUAUCAUGGAGAAUCACCACCAAUUUCAUCAAACAGGCCAGCAAGAAACAGGAUCAGAACUUCGUAAAGGGCCGUGGCUGGAAGAGGAAGAUGAAGCCUUAAUUGCAGCCAUCUCUGUUUUGGGAGAACGACGUUGGGACUCAUUAGCAAAAGCAUCUGGUAAAAAGCCUGUUACUCUGUUUCCAUAUUCCAGGGAUCAAAAUUAAACUACUUGUUAGGCUUUUACUUCCAUUUUUUUUUUCCCUUCUUCUUGAAAAGUAGUAAAACUAUGCGACCAUGCAGGCCUGAGAAGAAGCGGAAAGAGCUGCAGGUUGCGAUGGAUGAAUUACCUGCGCCCAAAUCUCAAACAUGGCCAAAUUACUCAGCAAGAGGAGACUCUCAUCAUUCAGCUUCACAAACAAUGGGGUAAUAGGUGGUCAAGGAUUGCUCGAAGUUUGCCUGGACGUACUGACAACGAAAUAAAGAAUUACUGGAGGAGUCAUUUGAGAAAGAAAGCCUCACUUUUACGACAAGAACACACAAUCAGAAGUAAUAAUAAUCCUACAGACAGAUAUUGGGAGCAGAACAAUUCUCCAGUUGGAAUGGAAAGUCAAGAUUUCAGCGCGUCAUCGAGUUCUGACACCGGAGAUUAUUACAACAAAUUUGGUACAGAUGACAAUAAGACGAGGACAUAUACUGAGGAUUCCCGUACAGUGGAAGCCCUUUCCAGCAUAGGAUCAUUAGCCUAUUCGCCGUAUGAAAACAGGGUACUCUUGGAUUGGACUUCGUCAAACUGUUCCAGAAUGGAAAUCUUUGGUGACGAGAUUAGUUUGAUUUGGGAUAGUACAUUUUCCAUCUGGGAUAUGGACUAAAUCCCAUAAUCUCUUUCUUGCAUCUAGGAUUUUGCCAACCCUAAAUCUGAUCCUUUGUAAAUUGUACAUUUCUGUGUCAGUCAACUCUUUUUCUUAGCUUCUGCCGAGGAAGUUUUUUCCUGUCAUUUUCCUGUGGCGAAAUAAAGAUAUUUUCAAUUUUGCAAGAUUUGAAAAUGCAAAAACAAUUUGAUUUACAGUCAAAUUAUAGCGCAGUCACUGCUAGUGAUCC